CCGGAGGGGUGUGUGGGGGGAGAGCCCUUCCCUAGCGCCCCUCUGUGCCUAGCCGGGGGCGACUUUCUCCGGUGGCUGGAACCAGCCCCUGGGGCAGCCCCGGGCUCUGCCGACACCAGCUCCUGAGCCGCAGACUCCAGCUGUGAGUGACAAGAAGGAGAACAGUCUGAGAUGGAGGAACCAUACAAGAUGUCUCUGACAAGAUCCAAAGGCAAUGUUUCUGAGAGCCCUGAGCAGGAAAAAUCCCCUAGGAGUCCAGGCGAAUCAGAAACACAGCAGCAAAACACUCCAGAGGAAAGUAAAUCUGCUCACAGUGGGCGAGGUGUGAGGAAGCGCAAAGGCACCAUCGUCCGCCGGAGAACAUUCAUGGGGGAGAGGCCCAACAUCUGCAUUGAGUGCGGGAAAAGCUUCCUUCAGAGCUCAGACCUUAUUAACCAUCGGCGAAUCCACACAGGGGAGAAACCCUAUAAAUGCAUUGACUGCGGGAAAAGCUUCAGCGUCAGCUCAAACCUCAUCCGACACCAGAGAACCCACACAGGAGAGAAACCCUAUAACUGCCCCGACUGUGGGAAAAACUUCACGGACAAGUCGACCCUGACCCAGCACCAGCGCGUCCAUACAGGUGAGAAGCCCUAUAAAUGCAUAGACUGUGGGAAGAGCUUCAGCCGCAGCUCCCACCACAAGAGGCAUCUGAGGAGCCCUCCAGGGAAGAGGCAGGGUAAAUGCACCCACCGGGAAAGCACUACUGUUGGGAAGGUUAAAGAAACCAAAGCAUCAAAGAAGAGAACCUCGACCGUUGAGAUCCCCAACACUUGUGCUGAAUGCUGGCAAAGCUUCAGCCAGAACUCGGACCUGGUCAAACACAUGAGGAUCCACACAGGAGAGAAACCCUAUGAGUGUCCCGACUGCGGAAAAAGAUUCAAUGUCAGCUCAAACCUGAUCAGACACCAGAGGAUCCACACAGGAGAGAAACCCUACACGUGCUCUGACUGUGGGAAAAGCUUCACUGACAAAUCCACUCUGACCCAGCACUACCGGAUCCACACGGGAGAGAAACCCUAUAUAUGCACUUAUUGUGGGAAAAGCUUUAGUCAUAGCUCCCACCACAAAAGACAUGAAAAAAUCCACAAGGGAAGGAACUCGGAGAGCCCCAACAUCUGCAUCGAGUGUGGGAAAAGCUUUACCCAGAACUCCAGCCUCAUCAACCAUCGUAGAACCCACACAGAUGAGAAGCCCUACAAAUGCCCUGACUGUGGGAAAUGUUUCGGCGUCAGCUCCAGCCUCAGCCGGCACCAGCGCAUCCACACGGGCGAGAAGCCCUACGCCUGCCCUGACUGCGGGAAGAGCUUCAGCGACAAGUCCAACCUAACCCAGCACCAGCGUGUCCACACGGGUGAGAAGCCCUACAAGUGUAUUGACUGUGGGAAGAGCUUCAGCCGCAGCUCCCACAAGAAGAAGCACUUGCGGAUCCACACUGGCGAGAAGCCCUUCAAAUGUACUGACUGUGGGAAGAGCUUCAGUGUCAGCUCCAACCUCUUCCGGCACCAGCGCAUCCACACUGGAGAGAAACCCUACACAUGCUCUGACUGUGGGAAAAGCUUCACUGACAAGUCCACCCUGACCCAGCACCAGCGCAUCCACACGGGCGAGAAGCCCUACAUCUGCACCUUCUGUGGGAAGGGCUUCAGCCACAGCUCCCACCACAAGAGACAUGAGAAAAUCCACAAGGGCGAGAACCCGCUACUGACCUUCCCCACUCAAACAUUCUGA